UCAACGUUAUCACACGAAAAUAUGGAAAUGCAUGUUAAGUUGGGAGAAGCUCUCUCUCCUUUGAGGUAAACGGAAAAUCUCCAAGUCAAACUUUUCGUGAGCCAUAUGAGAUUUGAUUCUCAUAUUGGGAAAACCGACUAUUGUAAUAGAGAAGAGGGCAUUGUCAUCAUUGGCAGUGGUAGUGCAGUGCAUAAUUUAAGAACAUUAUGGCAACAUGCGGAUAGCCCGUCCCCACCAUUCGUUGCUCUUUUUGAUAAUGAAAUGACAAAGGUUGCAACAAAUUUUACAGCUGAAGAACGUAAUGAAAAAGCAUGCAGAUUAAACCAGCAUCAGGCAUUCAGACUCUGUCACCCAACAGCGGAGCAUCUCGUCCCUUUUCAUGUUGCGUUAGGUGCUGCAGGAAACGAUCAAGGCAAAAAACUGCUGGAAGACUAUUUUUCUACACUCAGUUGGAGUUCUUUUGGUUUUGGUUUGCCUGAUGAUAUAGAACUUCCCAAUUAUCCCUGAUAGCAUAGCUAGCAUAUAAUAUAAUAUCCAUUUGCAGGAAAAUGACAAAUCGAUUUCCGCUUUCUACAUUUCGUAUCUUAGUUUGUAAUUCCACGCAUGCUCUGUAGAGUGUGAU